AUGGUGGAGGAAACGCUUGAUGAAAAGUUCCAACGGCUCUCGAAGACGUUAGGGGUAAAGGCUACGCGACCAAGGAUGUCCAUUCAGACUAAGUUAGAUCUCUACGGCCUCUGGCAUCAGGCGACGGGUGGGCCAGUCAAGACUCCCAAACCGUCGCGCGUGAAUGUUGUGGCAUCGACCAAAUGGAAUGCACGCAAAAAGUACGAAAAGUUGAGCAAAGAUGAGGCAAAGAGGAAGUUUGUAGAGCUUGCGGAAAAGGUAGUGCCCCCGUCGAACCUGUAG